UUGUUUUCUCAUCAACAAGAAUUAUUUGAGUUGUACUCACUCUUGAGUUUCAUUAUUUUCUCUUUUUCUUCAAAAAUGGCAAGAAUGUCUCAAGAACCACUACUUGUUGGGAGAGUUAUAGGAGAAGUUCUUGAUUCAUUUACCACAAGUAUGAAAAUGACUGUGAGUUACAACAAGAAGCAAGUCUUCAAUGGCCAUGAGUUCUUCCCUUCCACUAUCAAUAUCAAACCUAAAGUUGAGAUUGAUGGUGGUGACAUGAGAUCCUUCUUUACAUUGGUGAUGACAGACCCUGAUGUUCCUGGCCCUAGUGAUCCUUAUCUUAGAGAACACUUGCACUGGAUUGUGACAGAUAUUCCAGGAACAACAGAUGCCACAUUUGGUAAAGAGUUGGUGAGCUAUGAAAUACCAAAACCAAACAUAGGGAUACACAGGUUUGUGUUUGUUCUGUUCAAACAAAAAAGCAGAGAAUCAGUUAUGACAACACCAUCUUCAAGGGAUCAUUUCAACACACGCAAUUUCGCUUCACAGAAUGAUCUUGGUCUUCCUGUUGCUGCUGUUUACUUCAAUGCUCAGAGAGAAACCGCUGCAAGAAGACGCUAGACAUUAAUUAAAAUAAAGUGAUGAUUAAUUACUAAACUAUAGUAACUUACUAGUUUGCUUGCUAUAUAUCAAAGUACUUACGUGUCACAGUAAGGGAAUCAUUUUUCUACCUUCUUGUCCAUCACAUAAUUGUACCGUUACUUCGUUAUGUGUUGUUUCUAUAUCAAUGGUUCAACUACUCUUCACUUAUGUAUACAUUAUAUCAUAAACAAAUAAGAGACAAUAUCGUUUUACUUUAACUA